AUGGCGGAUAACGACGAGAAUCAGAAGGUCUUUGCCUCUUCGACCGGAGAAGAUGCUCGGUUGGAGCAUCUGGGAUAUGAGCAGGAGCUGAAACGAACCUUCGGGCUACUGGGAAUGAUCGGGUUCAGCUUCAGCGUCGUGACAUCAUGGACUGCUUUGAGUGGUGUCUUCAUCGUCGGCGUCAAGUCCGGCGGCCCCCCUGUCAUGGUAUUCAGCUUCAUCGCCGUCUGCUUCCUCACUCUCGCCGUUGCCAUUCCCAUGGCCGAAAUGUGCUCCAUGUACCCAGUCGCCGGUGGCCAGUAUUCCUGGGUAGCAGCACUCGCUCCUCCAAGAAUAGCCAGGGGACUGUCCUACAUCAGCGGAUGGUUCAUGCUCAUCGGCAUCCUCGCAAUGGGCGCAACCAACAACUCCAUCGGCGCCAACUUCAUCCUCGGCAUGGCCAACCUCGUCUUCCCCGAGUACACCAUACAGCGCUGGCAGACCGUGCUAGUCGCCUACCUCGUGGCCUUUGUCUCCGCGUCGGUCAACAUAUGGGGCCCGCAUCUCCUCAACCGCAUCGCUCGCUUCAUCCUCAUCUGGAACGUCGGUUCCUUCCUGAUCACCAUGAUCACGCUCCUCGCUACAAAUGACAACAAACAGCCCGCGUCCUUUGUCUUCCAUGACUUCCAGAACUUCACCGGCUGGGGCUCCUCGAUGGCAGCUAUCGUAGGCAUCCUGCAGGCCUGCUUCGGCAUGUGCUGCUACGAUGCGCCCUCGCACAUGACCGAGGAGAUGAAGUCCGCGUCCAAAGAGGCCCCAAAAGCGAUCAUUCUCUCGGUCGUCCUGGGCGCCGUCACUGGCUUCGCAUUCCUGCUAACCCUCUGCUUCUGUAUCGGCGAUAUCGACAGCACGGCGAACACGUCUACCGGAGUUCCUGUGAUCCAGAUAUUCUACGACUCCACCGGGAGUAAAGUAGGGACGUGCUUCCUGGCGAGCAUGAUCGCCGUGAUUGUGCUCGUUGCGGGGAAUAAUCUUCUCGCCGAAGGCUCGAGGUCCGUGUAUGCAUUCGCCAGAGAUCACGGGCUGCCGUUCUCGUCGGUCUUGAGUAAAGUCGAUCCGAAGCGUCAGGUCCCUGUUAAUGCGGUGCUUCUUACCCUGGCGGUGCAGUUGGCGCUGGACGCUAUUGACUUUGGGACGACGACGGGAUUCGAGACGGUUAUUGCUAUUUCCACGGAGGGGUUUUACGUCUCCUACGCAAUCGCCCUCUCCGCCCGUCUCCUUGGCCACGUAACAUCCCACAACCCGACUAUGAAAGGGCCCUUUGCGCUGCCGACCUGCGUCUCGAUCGCGUUGAAUAUUCUCGGUCUCCUUUUUCUGCUCUUCGCGGCGAUUACGUUCAACUUUCCCACGUCGUACCCUGUUUCCCACGACUCUAUGAACUAUACCUCCGCGGCGGUGGGUGUGAUUGCGCUGAUUGCGGUGGUUACGUGGGUUGUUACGGCGCGGAAGAGGUUUACGGGGCCGCCGGGGGUGAGUGUUCUGGAUGGAUGUGAGGAUGUUGGACAGAAUAAUGCUGGUGGUUAUGAGGAUGGGGAGAAGGGGGAGAAAAGGUAA